AUGCUACUUGAAAAAUUUCUCUUUCCAGCACCGAAUCCAUCUCAUUAUACAUUGACAUCGCAUGCAGAACAUCUUUUUUGGCUUCCACCUGAUUCGAAUUCACGUAAAACAUCGCCAAUCCCAUGUAUGCUUUAUUCUCCACCGCGUGAAGCUCAGUUUUUCAUUAUCUGGUGUCAUGGAAAUGGUUGUGAUAUUGGCAGCAUGGAUAAGACAUUGACAGCAUUGAGUCGACGAGUUCGUGCACAUGUACUCAUCUUCGAAUAUCCUGCCUAUGGUGUAUUGAAAGGAAUAACAUCAUCACCAAGUCAAGCAUCAAUAAAUAACCAUGCCCAAUGUGCCUAUUCGUUUAUUCGUCAUACGCUCAAAUGGCCAACGGAUCGAAUAAUUAUCUAUGGACAUUCGAUAGGGUCUGGUGCCGCAUGUCAUGUUGCUUCGACUCAACCAGUCGGUGCACUUAUUCUUCAAUCUGCAUAUACGUCAAUCAGAAAUUUAGUUCGAGAAAAAAUUGGCAUAUUAUCAAACGUGGUUAUGGGUUCAUUUUGGGAUAAUUAUGAAGCAAUACAAAGUAUUACAUGUCCAAUAUUAUUCAUUCAUGGACAACGUGAUACAUUAAUUCCAUCACAACAUUCUCAAAUAUUGUUUGAUUCGUUGAAUCUUAUUGACAAGCAAAAACUUGUGUUGUUACCGAACGAUGAUCACAAUUCGAUAUCCGAUUCGACGAUUCUAAUGCAUGUUGAGUCGUUUCUCAAUCAGCAUUUUCAGCCGGCAACAGAACCAUUCCCUCGAGUAGAAAUUGAUCCGAUUUUACGUGAACCGCCGCCGACUUAUGGGAAGUCAAAAUCAAGUAUUUUCUCUUCUCUAAUCUGCAGCUCAAGCAAUUCUACUAUACCAACACUACGUUCGUUCAAUUCACAAUGUAAUAAUGAAUGA